UGACGUCAUCGAAAGGGGCGAGGCAGUGCAGGGCACUCCGGUGGGCGGUUGGUGGAAAGGAGGCUGGAUGCGUGCGCACACGCGGGAGACGGCGACGUCAUGGCUCGGUUCGCGCUAACCGUCGUCAGGCAUGGAGAAACAAGAUACAACAAAGACAAGAUACUUCAAGGUCAGGGUAUUGAUGAACCCCUUUCUGUGACUGGUUUCAGACAAGCAGAUGCUGCUGGUAUGUUUCUCAGUAACAUGAAGUUCACUCAUGUCUUCUCAAGUGAUCUUCUUCGGGCAAAGCAGACUGCAGCUGCAAUUACAGGAAAGAAUAAGUUUUGCAAAGAUAUUUUAAUAAAGUAUGAUGCAAGGCUUCGAGAGCGGAAAUAUGGUGUUGCAGAAGGCAAGCCUCUGAGUGACCUAAAGGCAAUGGCGAAAGCUGCUAGACAGCAGUGUCCUUCAUUCACACCCUCUGGGGGAGAAACAUUAGAUGAAGUGAGAGCACGUGCAAAAGAUUUUUUUGAAUUUCUGUGCCAACUCACUCUUGAAGAAAGUCAGAAGGAAGUUGUCCUGGAUACAGCAGGCAAUGGCUUGGAAACAUUAGAAGAAAAAUCAGUUUUCCCUUGGACAAACCAUUACAAUGGACCUGAAUUUAACUCUGAUAAUGACAAAGCUACUAAAAUGUUAGAUGUCAAUAUACUGGUAGUGAGUCAUGGGGCAUACAUGAGAAACUGGAUUCAUUAUUUUGUUUCAGAGCUUGAGUGCACUUUACCAACAACUUUAACAAAGUCGCAACUGUCUUCUGUGAGUCCUAAUACUGGAGUCAGCCACUUCAUCAUAAAACUUGGAAAUGGAAAUAUUAAACCUGAAAUCAGUUGUGUUUGUCUUAAUCAAGAUGCACAUCUAGUAAAUGUGGAUAGUGGAAAUGUGUAGCUCAAAAAUGUCGGCAAUAUUCAGUGUGUUUAAAACAUUAAAAUGCUAUAUAAGUAAUUAAAUUUAAAUUGAUUUAAAGCAGUCUUUAAAACACAAGUGGAUUUUAAUCAACUUCAUAUUGUACUUGAUAAACUGGCCUUAUUAGUUAAUUGUGUUGACUUGAAUUCUGUUACCGGCACUGUAUUAUGAGUAAAGAACUACAGUUAUCUGCUGUCUUCAUAAUAUAUACAAUAUAUGUUGCUGUAGUGGCUGAUAAUAAAAGCCAGCAUGUAAAAAUAGCAAGCACUCUUUAUGAGCAUAAAUUUGAUGACAUUACUGUUCAGAUGCUUAGAUAGUUAUUUUUACAGUGCAUAGUUUUCAGUAUCUUCUUACCAUAAAAGGGUUGCAGAUAUUGUCAGUUACUUAAAAAUAUACUGUCAAAAAUUAUUUAUUUUCUCUCUCAACAGCUUCAUCAAAAAACUUGGAAAUGGAACUAUAAACUUCAAAUCAACAGUGUGUGUCUGAAUCAAGAUGCAUAUCUAAUAGAUGAGAGUAGUAAAAAGUGUAGCUCAAAUGUCAGCAAUAUUAAAUGUAUUACAUAGCAUUUUUAAUGGUUUAUAUUAUUUAAAUAUUAAAUGUAA